GCCCCCUCGCCUGUUCCGGCCCCUCGGGUCAGGCCCUCCUGCCCCUCCCCCGCUGUGUGUCUCGCGUGUGGGGCGUGUGCAUGCGGGAGCGAACACACCCGCGGACCUGCCCUUUUGUUCCACCCUGACCUCUACCUCGUGCUGACCCGGCCGGGGGUGCAGGAGCUUCCUGCAGACGCGGCUCAGAGCGCAAGUACGGACGCAUCGGGAGCUCCUGCUGCCCCCACCCCUGCAUUCUCCAUUGGCUCUGGGAGGAGGUGCUUGGCGCUGCCGCGGCUGCAGCAUCUCCCGGGGAGCCACGACCCUGCGCCCGCUGCCGCUGUCACCAGCCUGGCCGGAGGGGCUCCGGUGCCCCGGGCUCCGCGAAUAAACCGGGCCAUCUGCACACCCCUCGGUGAGUUCCGCUGCUGUCCCCACCUUUGUUCUCACUGCACUGCUGAAGCCACGAGGUCGUGACACCGCCAGACACAGCGAUGCCCCUGCACUCAACGGGGGACAAACCCUUCGUUUCAAUGCCGCCACUCACCUUCCCCAGCCCAACAUCAACCAUUGAAAAUGGGUUUGUUCACACCCUGCCCGGCAGAAAGGAGUUCCCAGGCUCGCCCCUGAGCCCUGGUUCCCUGAGAUCUGCCGCCCACAGCCCCCUGGACUCCUGCAGCCAGCCCCUGUGCCAGCCCCAGGCUGAGAAGUGCGACCCCCAGGCGGCCCACGAGGUGCGCUACGUCUCAGCAGGGCCACAGGGCUCGGAGUGCGGCUGGCGGGCCUUCGCACCCAGGUGCCUGCAGGUCUUCAACACGCCCAAGGGCUUCCUGUUCUUCCUGUGUGCGGCCUCGUUUCUGCAGGGCAUGACGGUGAACGGCUUCAUCAACACCGUCAUCACCUCCAUCGAGCGCCGUUUCGACCUGCACAGCUACCAGAGUGGGCUCAUCGCCAGCUCCUACGACAUCGCCGCCUGCCUCUGCCUCACUUUUGUCAGCUACUUCGGGGGCAGCGGGCACAAACCCCGCUGGCUGGGCUGGGGCGUGCUGGUCAUGGGCGCCGGCUCGCUGGUGUUUGCGCUGCCUCACUUCACUGCCGGCCGCUACGAGGUGGAGGCCGACCAGGGGGUUGGGACGUGCCCAGCUAACCGGAGCAUGGCGUGUGCAGACAGCAGCUCAGGCCUGUCCGGCUACCGGCUGGUCUUCAUGCUGGGCCAGUUCCUGCAUGGCGUCGGCGCCACGCCACUCUACACGCUGGGUGUCACCUACCUGGAUGAGAACGUCAAGUCCAGCUACUCGCCUGUCUAUAUCGCUGUCUUUUACACCGCGGCUAUCCUGGGCCCUGCAGCUGGCUACCUGAUUGGAGGCACCCUGCUGAACAUCUUCACGGAAAUGGGUCGACGGACGGAGCUGACCACCGAGAGCCCACUGUGGGUCGGUGCCUGGUGGAUCGGCUUCCUGGGCGCCGGGGCGGCCGCCUUCCUCAUCGCCAUCCCCCUCCUCAGCUAUCCUCGGCAGCUGCCAGGCUCCCAGCGCUACGUGGUCAUGAGAGCAUCGGAAACGCACCAGUUGAAAGAUGGUGGUCCAAAGGCGGCAAGCAGCCCGGACUUCGGGAAAACCAUCAGAGACCUGCCUCUCUCCAUCUGGCUCCUCCUGAAGAACCCCACGUUCAUCCUGCUGUGCCUGGCCGGGGCCACCGAGGCCACCCUCAUCACCAGCAUGUCCACAUUUGGCCCCAAGUUCCUCGAGUCCCAGUUCAGCCUGAGUGCCUCAGAAGCUGCGACCUUAUUUGGGUACCUGGUGGUACCGGCAGGCGGCGGUGGCACGUUCCUGGGUGGCUUCUUUGUGAACAAACUGAAGCUCCGCAGUCCCGGCAUCAUCAGGUUCUGCCUGCUGUGCGCCCUCAUCAGCCUGCUGGCCUUCUUUGUCUUCGUCACACACUGCCCCAGCGUGCCCAUGGCGGGUGUGACGGCCAGCUACAGCGGGAGCCUCCUGCCCCAGCCUGAGGGCCUAGACCUCACGGCCGCCUGCAACGCAGCCUGUGGCUGCCAGCUGGAGCACUACAACCCCGUGUGCGGCUCUGACGGCGUCCUGUACUUCUCGCCCUGCCACGCAGGGUGCCCUGCGAUGGCCGAGACUAGCCCAGGUGGCCGGAAGGUCUACCGAAACUGUAGCUGCGUCCCUCAGAACUUUUCCUCUGGUUUUGGCUACGCUACUGCAGGGAAAUGUACCUCAGCUUGUCAGAGAAAGCCCCUCCUUCUGGUUUUCGUGUUCGUUGUUAUUUUCUUUACAUUCCUCAGCAGCAUUCCUGCACUCACAGCAACUUUACGUUGUGUCUGCGACCAGCAGAGAUCCUUUGCCCUGGGAAUCCAGUGGAUCGUAGUUAGAACACUAGGGGGCAUCCCCGGGCCCAUCGCCUUUGGCUGGGUGAUUGACAAGGCGUGCCUGCUGUGGCAGAACCAGUGCGGCCACCAGGGUUCCUGCUUUGUGUACCAGAACGCGGCCAUGAGCCGGUACAUGCUCAUCGCGGGGCUCGUGUACAAGGUGCUGGGCUUCCUCUUCUUUGCCAUUGCCUGCUUCCAGUACAAGCCCCCGUCGGGGUCUUCGGACGGCUCGGAAGAUUCUCUGCCCAGCCAGUCCUCAGCCUCCAACAACCUCACGGACCUCCAGCUCCAGAGGGACGUCUGACCCCUUCCCCACCCCCGGGGACACAGCAGCCACUUAGCAUCCCCUGAGAGCAAGAGCCACCUGCCCUCCAGACUCAUCUAACUUCUUGGAAGGGCCGAACACCCGGGAAAAUCCCACAUUGGGUUCUGGGGCCUGCAGGGCUGUCCCAAGGUUGAGGUGGAGCCGAUGGGCCUCAGGGGACAGAGCCUGAAAAACAUGAGAGAAACCAUGAGGCUCCUGGAAUGGGUGCACGUCCUCCCGGCCCAGGGUCCACACGUCUGUGGGUGCCUGCCCGGCGCUGCCAUCUGCGUUGCUGUGACAAAGCGUGAAGCCCAGUGAGAUGGCUGUGCCCCAGGGGACGCCAUCCUGUGGAACCUCCUACUUGACACAGAGUUUAAAGUCUGCCGUCAGCUCUGCCCUCGGAGCUGCACAGCCUCAGCAGUGGGUAUAACUUACAUAGCUAUAUAUUUAUGGACGUAUAUUUUGCAUAAAAAUGUAUUUAUAGAAUUUAUUUUAUACCUGAGAGCGUGGUGUGCGUAC